AUGUCCGAUCGGACGAGUUUCGAUGAGAAACACAUCAAUGAAAAGGUCAUUGACUCACCGCCGAGUGAAAUAGACCAUGGAAUUGUUAAAGAUUGGGAUGAAGAGGAGUCGGCUGUGAGACGCAAAAUCGACUUCAUCCUCUUACCGACCCUGGCCCUCGCCUUCUUCUGUCUCCAGAUGGACCGAGGCAAUAUCAGCGCCGUUCUGACCUCGACUAUCACCAAAGACCUGAAUAUCACCACCAACCAGAUCAACAUCGGUACUCAAUUGCUCUCCGCCGGCAUCGUUCUCGCCGAGAUCCCUUCCAAUAUUAUCAUGCAACGAAUUGGGCCUCGUGUGUGGCUUUCAGGUCAACUCUUUGCCUGGGGGUUGGUCGCGACCUUCCAAGCGUUUGUUCAGUCAUAUCCUGCAUUCCUUGUCACUCGCAUCUUGCUGGGCUUCUGCGAGGGCGGUUUCAUUCCUGGUGCGCUAUACUACCUGUCCACCUGGUAUAAAAGGAGGAGGAGACCAAUGUUCGCCUCAGCGACAUCCAGCCUGAUUUCCGCUGGCCUGCUGCGCUUGUCCGGAACGCAUGGAAUGGAAGGAUGGAGAUGGAUCUUCCUGGUGGAGGGCCUUCUCACCCUAUUCAUCGGCAUCUUCUUCACGCUCCUCGUCCCACCAAAGGUAGGCGAUGGCCGGCCACUCAUCUCCUUUGGUCGUUGGAGCUACUUCACCGAGCGCGAAUCACACAUCAUUCGCAAUCGCGUCCUGCUGGAUGACCCACAAAAGGCACAAGGCCAUAUCCAGAUCACUUGGUCGGAUAUUAAAAACACCGUGAAACAGCCGCGAAUCAUGCAGCAUGUCUUCCUCACUCUUGUCUCCAUGUCCGGAUUCCAGGGUGUCACUCAAUAUACCCCCAGCAUGAUCAAGGCGCUUGGAUUCGAUUCCAUCAAGGCUAAUGCCUUGACCUCGGUCCCGGUGUAUUGCAGUAUCGUCUGGUUGACCAUUCUGUCGUUUGCCUCAGACUGGACUGGUCAUCGAGGACCCUUUGUGUUGAUUUCCAUUACUUGGAAUGUUAUUUCAUACGUCUGCCUGAAGACAGCGCCGUACACACUUGACAAGUGGCAUCGAUAUGGAGUGAUUGCGGUCGCCAAUGUCUCCUAUUGCAGCAUGCACAUUCUCAAUGUAGGCUGGCUGUCUAUCUACUGUCGCACCCCACAGGAGCGAAGCGUUGCCAUGGCCCUGGUGGUUAUGGCGGCCAAUUGUGCUGGUAUCUCCGGCUCUCAGAUCUUCCGCACCGCAGACGCGCCCAAGUACACGCACGGUCUGACGGCGAUCUGUGCAUUGGCUGGAGCAUCAUGGGGCCUCGCGGCCAUUCUUGGUGCGCAGUAUUAUAUUCGGCGGCGUAAGGCGAGCGGAAAUCAAGUAUGA